GGGGCUGGUCUCCCUAAUAGCCUUAGUGUGGCUGCAGCAUUGGUGCUGUUACCUGUGAUUGCUAUUGAGCCAAAGCUGCCAGCAGCACAGCCAGUCUCUGGAUACCUGCAUACCCAGGGGAGAGGCAGACUCUCUUGUGAAGAAUGGUUUCGGCAAGGACGUUUGGGCAACAGCAAUACUAUGAUCUGAAGAGAGAAUGUCAGAAGAAGAAAGUGCUGUUUGAAGAUUCUUUAUUUCCUGCCAGCGAUGAAUCUCUCUACUACAAGGCCCAGCGACUCCAUGGCGUACAGUGGAAACGUCCAAAGGACAUUUGUGACAAUCCACGUCUCUUUGUUGAUGGCAUCAGUUCCCACGACUUGCACCAGGGGCAGGUGGGGAAUUGUUGGUUCAUUGCGGCAUGCUCCUCCCUAGCAUCACGCGAGGCGCUGUGGCAGAAGGUCAUUCCUAACUGGAAGGAGCAGGAAUGGAAUCCAGAGAAGCCAGAGAACUAUGCUGGGAUUUUUCACUUCCAGUUCUGGAGGUUCGGUGUAUGGGUGGACAUAGUCAUCGAUGACCGUCUCCCAACCAUCAAUAACCAGCUCAUAUAUUGCCAUUCUAACGAGAAAAAUGAGAUGUGGUGCGCUCUGGUGGAAAAAGCUUAUGCCAAAUUGUCAGGAUGUUACGAAGCACUGGAUGGGGGGAAUACGGCAGAUGCUCUUGUGGAUUUCACAGGCGGGGUAUCGGAACCCAUCGAGCUGUCAGAAGAAGACUAUGUAACUGAUGAAAACAAACGCAAUGAUCUUUUCGAGAGAGUCCUGAAGGUCUUUAAUCGAGGGGGCCUCAUCAGCUGUUCCAUCAAGGCAAAUUCAGCUGCCGAUAUGGAAGCCCGUCUAGACUGUGGUCUUGUGAAGGGUCAUGCCUAUGCCGUGACGGAUGUGCGUAAAGUUCGCUUGGGUCAUGGUUUGCUGGCUUUUUUCAAGUCCGAGAAGCUGGAUAUGAUCCGAAUGCGGAACCCUUGGGGUGAGCGAGAAUGGAACGGUCCGUGGAGCGACAGUUCCGAGGAAUGGCAGAAAGUGAGCAAAGGGGAACGCGAGAAGUUGGGGGUCACUGUGGACGACGAUGGGGAGUUCUGGAUGACGUUUGAAGAUUUCUGCAAACACUACACGGAUAUCAUUAUGUGCAGGCUUAUUAACACUUCAUAUCUCAGCAUCCACAAGACUUGGGAGGAAGCCGUAUUGACCAGUGCAUGGGUCAAACAUGACGACCCGCUGAAAAACCGCUGUGGUGGCUGUGUGAAUUAUAAGGCAACCUACCUCCAGAACCCACAGUUUGUGUUCGAUGUGAAGAAACCGGAGGAUGAGGUUCUCAUUUGCCUUCAGCAGAAAACCAAACGGACAACUCAAAAGGACGGGAAGUUUGAAAACUUGGCUAUCGGGUUUGAUGUUCACCAGGUCGAGCUGAAUCGCAAGUACAGAAUGCACACACCACAACAGAAAGUGGCCAGUUCGAUCUACAUCAACUCCCGGAGCGUUUUCUUUCGGAAGGAGAUGAAGGAAGGACGAUACGUAAUCAUUCCAACCACAUUUGAACCUGGUCAGACGGGGGAGUUCCUCCUUAGAGUAUUUACCGAUGUGCCUUCAAAUUGCUGUGAGCUACAAUUGGAUGAGCCCAAGAGGACAUGUUGGUCAGGAAUGUGUGGAUUCCCACAGGUCGUGUCGCAGGUCCAUGUGGUUUCUGCUGCGGGACUCAAGAAGCAGGACUCUGAUGGAGGAGCCGAUCCAUACGUGAUCAUAAGCUGUGAAGGAAGCAAAGUGCAAUCAUCAGUGACCAAAGAUUCUUUAGACCCAAAGUUUGAUGUCAAAGGGUUGUUUUAUCGGAAGAAGCCAGGCCAACCUAUCAUAGUCCAGGUUUGGAACCACAAUGUGAUCAAAGACGAGUUCAUGGGUCAAGUGGUUCUGUCCGGUGACCCCAAUAAUCAACCAACUCAGCACAGCCUCCAGCUCCAAGAUAAGAGCAACAAGGAAAAUGCAGAUGUCUCAGGAAGCCUUCAGCUUGUGCUUUUCACCAGCAGUAGCCUCACUGGGAUCUAAGCGGCAGGGAUCUCCCAGUCCAUACCGAACUAACAGCAAACCGAGCUGUCUGGCAGGUGUGGUCCCAAACCGGUGCCUUUGGACAUCCAAGGGCCUUUUUCUAGCCCGGUAGAUGACAUUUCUAAGUUUCUAUAUUGUAGCCAAUAUGGUUAAUAUUUCACUAUGCCAACAAUGUAUGCAAAUGAAGUGACACAAAGUUAUUAGCUGCAAGUAUUGAAUACCUUGCAUGGAAUUCUAAAAUUAUGAUUUCUUAGUAUUCAACUUUAUAAAGGGGAGACCACAUUGUCCAGAGUUUGCGGUCAGUACGCGCAGAGGGUACGUGCUGCUUUCACCAUAACUGUUCACAAACCCUGAAAAGUACCCGCGGCACGCACAGCCGUAACUUCCCUUAUUGCAUACCGAACAGCUUCUAUGUUUUAACCUCUUGAUACUCUAUAGAUUCAACUAAUGGGGUUUAUUUAUUGAACUGGGAAUUAAAUUGCACGUUCAGGGCAAAAUAGCUGAACUGACAAAUUGAGUUGAAGGAUUUUUUUCAAUUCGGUUACUUUGGCCUGAAACGCAGAGUUCCCUUGUCGGUCCUGCACAGUUUAGUGAAUAAGCCAGUUCGAUACAUUGUUAAAACAUUUUGAUGGAGUAUAAAAAGUUAGAAAUGUAUAAUAUAGACAACGGCAUUAAUCUUACAUGCAUAAUAACUGCAAAGCAAUAUUGAUAGUGUUUCACAACAGCAGGCAUGAUCAGUCCUGAAAAAAUGAACGAACCCGUGCUUGCGUUUUGUCAGACUCUGCAAAAUAGUUGCGCCCUUAGAAAGGCAAACAGGAUGGCUGAGUGGCUGAUUGGUACAUGUUGCUUUGUGGCUAUUUAACGGAGUUUAUCGACAUAUGGUUAUGUUGAGAUUUUUUUAUACUCCUAUUAAAAUAGUUUUUGCAAUAUAUCUGACCAUGGUAUUUCAUGCUGGGAGAUCCAUCUAGAACCACAACUGCUAUGAUGCUUGGCCAGCCUUAAGAAUGCAAAACAUCAUGAGAUUUGCAUUUCUGCAGCAGCUAAGGAUCUGCCCGAUGUUAGAGUUUGCGUGUAAUUUGAUGAUUUGUUCCAGUGUGCUCACCCCCUCCCCACCCAUCUUUCUGUUAAUCUGAAUGCCAAAGCAUUGUGUUGCUGGGACUCUGCCGCAUAUUUUAUUGUGUAAAUAGUUGACAUACAUACAGGAAUGCUCUUUACAAUGUUAACUGCAUGCCUACCAGAGCCAAACACUAUCCAAUAUUGCAAUUUAAAGCAAAUCUCUAUUUAAAUGGCUGUGUGUAAUUACCAAUCUAUUAGGAGUAUUUUUUUAUUUUCUUUCAAUUAUUUGCUCAUUGGCAUUCGAAUGACUGGAUGUUUUUGACAUUAGGAGAGAGACGCUCUUGGUGUAGUAAUCAUUAUAGCAACCCCUAACUAUAAUAUCAAGUAUUUACAGGGAAAUAUCCAGCUGCUGGACUACAAUCCUCACAAUCCUUUGCCAGCUUUAGAUUCCUUUGAUCAAUUUACUAUCAAAGGACUGAAGUCAGUCUGGCCAAAUAAUGUUUUUUGGGGAUAUACUUCCAUAACUCUUUGGCAGGCUGAAGGUGGCAGAACAUCAUGAGAUCAGUUGUCCUAUCCUAGCAAGGUAGGUCACAACUCGAGGCCCCAAUGAUCAUAAUCACAGCGAGUUAAAAUGCAGAAACUCAUACAACAAAUAUUAAAGGCUUGUGCUUGGAACUUGAUGUCCACCCACCCUGAUACUGCACAUUGUGAAAAGAUAACUCGCCUAAAAUCUGCAGUGCCAAAACUCCCUAUCGUAAUUACAAGAAAAUUAUACUGGACAUCCUACGUCUUUUUAAAAAGAUCUUCAAUAGUGGCAAUAUAU